AUGUCGAUAUCUACAGUAACUACCCAGCAGACACAGCGAUCUUUUCUCCUGGCUGGCGAGGAGCAGAUCAAGUCAGCGGCCAACGACACUCAAUUCCAGUCUGUGGCUCGUGGUAAUCGCAAUGGAACCCUGAAGCUACGCGGUAUUCCUACCUUCACAGACCCGCUUGAGAAGCGCAAAUGGAUGAAGGAACACAUGGCCGCUGCAUUCCGUUACUUCGGCAAGAUGGGAUACGCCGAGGGUGUAUCUGGACACAUCUCUAUGCGAGACCCCGUUCUGAAGGAUCACUUCUGGAUGAACCCCUUUGCCAAGCACUUUUCGACCAUCAAGGCCUCUGACUUGGUCCUGGUUGAUAGUGAUGGUUAUGUUACCGAGGGAGGUGCUCAAUUGCCCAUCAAUGAGGCUGGCUUCAUGAUCCAUUCUGAGAUCCACAAGGCUCGUCCGGAUGUCAUUGCCGCGGCGCAUACUCAUGGUGUUUAUGGCAAGACAUGGAGUGCCUUUGGAAAGCCGAUUGAGAUGCUGACACAAGAUGCUUGCAACUUUUAUGGCCGCCUAGGCGUAUAUGAUGACCACGGUGGUGUUGCUCUCUCUCAAGAGGAAGGAAAGCAGAUCGCUGAGGCCCUCGGCAAGGAUAACAUUGCAUGCAUUCUCCGGAAUCACGGUCUUCUUACUGUCGGACGAACGGUCGACGAGGCUGCCAUUCUUUAUUCCAUGCUGGAUAAUGCUUGCCACUCCCAGCUUCUUGCCGAGGCUGCUGCUGCAAAUGGUAUUCCCAAGCGUGUUAUCAACAACGAGGUUGCCCAAUACACUGCCGAUUUUGCUCAGAACGCCCACAACCUGUACACCGAGUUCCAGCCUGAAUUUGACUUGGUAGUGGAGGAGAGCAACGGACGGGUCUUUCAAUGA